AUGGGCCUCGCGACCGUGCUUGUAGGGCUGGCUGUGUGUGCCGUUCUACCGCGUUGCGCGCAGUCCGUGUUUACGCAGUCGCAGAAAGACGCCAUGCUGAACGCGCACAACAACGCCAGGUCUAUCGCCUCACCUACACCCUGUACGCCACUACCAGCCAUGACGUGGAACACUGUACUGGCCAACGUGGCACAAGCGUACGCUGACAGGUGUAUUUACGAGCACAAUGGAGCAAGGACAUCGGACACCAACGGAGCUUUCUCGUAUGUGGGUGAAAACCUAUACAUCAGUACGAACACGCCCUCUGACCCAGCCGUCAGUGUGACGUCAUGGGAUAGCGAGAAAGAGGACUAUGACUACGACACUCUGACGUGCGCACCUGGCAAGGUCUGCGGCCAUUACACCCAGAUUGUGUGGAACUCCAGUCAGCAGCUGGGCUGUGGGGCGAAACUGUGCGACGCCGCAAACACCAAAAGCUACCCAUUCGACAAGAGUAAAUUCUCCAAAGGUUACAUUGUGGUGUGUAACUACGGACCGGGUGGCAACUAUCGUGGUCAGAAGGCGUACACGACGUGCGCUGACUCUGCGGCUGGAAUGCCUCAACCUCACACAUGGCUGGUGACCACCGUCCUCCUUCUCAUGCUCUGCCUGUUGAAGCACAUGUAG